ACAGCGGUGGUGAUGUAUGUGGCUUGAGAGCAUAUUUAAGGCGACCCCUCACACAUCUAUCAACACACUCGUCUGACUUUGACACUCACUGGUCUCAUCACCGAUCACUUCUACCACCAAGACCCAAGAAGAAAACCAACAAUGUCCAGCAUCAUGAAAGUGCUCCUGCUCCUGGCUGCUGCGGUCUGCAUCUCUACAGCCAUGAUCAGAGAAUCCGGUCAGAACUGUCUGUGUCAGCGUACCCGUAAUGGCAUUGACGUGUCAAAGAUGAAGGAAAUCCAGAUCUACCAGCCCACCAGCUUCUGUAACAGACAGGAGAUUGUUGUCACCACCGACACAGAACGACUCUGCCUGAACCCCGAUUCGGAGGCAGUGAAAGCCCUCUUGCGUAAGAUCCUAAGGAACAAGAGAGCCGCCAUCAAACCAACCCAGUCCAGCUGAUUUCCCUUCGAACAGCAACAUGAAGCUCUGUUUCACUCCUCGGAUAAACACAUGACCUCUGACCCCCUCAGGACGGAAGCUUUAUUGAAUGUAGACGUGAAAUGAGUCCAACUUUUUGUUUAUUUAUCCUCUAUCCUAUCCUAUUUAUAUAGAUUUCUCUGUCUUGUCUUACUUUCUCUGACUUGUCUUGUGAACAGAUUUGAUAUUUUAUGUUUUUUUAUUCAUGUUUUUGUAACUUAACUUUUCUA